AUGAAGACCCCCGGCAUCACCACCGCCGCCACCACCGUCGUCGCGCUGGCCGUGUUCGCCCAAGGCCUCACGGUGCCGGGGGCGUCAGCCACAGCGCCGGCAGUCGACUUCUCAACAGUCGCGGAGCCGGCAAUCUCCAACUCGACAGGCACGAAGCUGGUGUCCAGAGGCGAGCUCAUGGCGCUCGAUACCGCCAGGAGAAGAAGAAAGGGCGGACGACGCAGAGAGAGAGGGAAGAAGAACAACAAGGUCGAGUGCCCCCCAGAGCCAUGCGCGUUUGACUGUGAUCUCCUUUGGAUCCUGGCCACGUGGGGCGCGAGCUGUCUUAUUUGCCACGUCAUGACUGAUUGCCCCAUGGUUUGA